AUGGCAGUCGAUAGUACAAGUGCAAUGGAAGUUUUAAAAGUCAUUGGAAAGUACUUUAAAAAGAAAGAUGAUCGUUUACAAAAAUUAGAACUCUUAAAUCCAGAUUCUCACAAAGCUGUUCAAUGGUUAAGAAAACAUAAAAAGUUGUUCAAAGCAGAUGUUUAUGAGCCAUUUAUACUAUUGAUUUCAAUAAAAGAUGACAAUGUAAAAAAUUUACUCUAUUCAAUUGUACCAAGAUGUGAUUUAGAAGCCUUAUUUCUAUUUGAAGAUUUAGACGAUAUGUUUAUAUUUAUUGACGAAUGUCAUAAAAAACAUAAAUGGAUUGUACACGUAUCAACUAUACCUGAUAUUAAUUUAAAAAAAUUAAAAAAGACAACAAAAUCUGUAAUGUUGGAGGAAAUAUUAAAUGGUGUUGAUGGUCCGGAUGCUGUUUUAAAAUAUCUGUGUCAAUCAAUUGAAAAUCUAGAUGAUUCUUUGUCAACAACCACAAAUAAUAUUUCGUCUAAUGAAUCAACGAUGGCAAUGAAGUCUACAAAGAUGGCAUCGUAUUUUCUCCGUGAAUUUUUAAUGGAAGCUCUUGUAAAGUUGGUUGACGUCUCAUUUUAUGCAGAAUGA